GUAGUUUCGACGCACGGCUCACCGGGGGAACCUGGGCCGCUCGUUCGUUUAUCACUCUACUCUUGCUCUACUUGCCGCCGCGUUCGACAUCCCGGAGAAAAGAAGAAAAGAAAAAAAGAGCGCGAGUUCUGGAUUGCGCUCGAGGCGGUCGAGGCGACGGGUUGA